AUGGCGCUCACUUCAUUCUUCCUCGGCCUAGCUUGGUUCGCAAUUACUGUCAGCAGCCAAGUCAAUCUCUACAAAUACGACACGCCAGACCUCGGCUUUCAAUACCAGCCUGAAGUAACUCAUUAUUGGGGACAGUUUUCUCCUUACUUUUCCGUCCCGUCAGAAUAUAACGCCUCCUCCCCUUUGCCUGGGUGCAAAGUCACCUUUGCACAAACCCUGUCUCGACAUGGCGCUCGAUUCCCAACCAGAGGGAAAAAUUACGCUGCUUUGCUUGAGCGAAUCCAGUCUUCUGUGACCAAAUACGGCCGAGGAUAUGAGUUCAUUCGAAACUACAAGUACAAUCUCAGCGUAGACCAAUUGAACGACCUCGGCCGCCAACAAAUGGUCAACGCCGGGAUACACUUUUACCGACGAUACCACAGUUUGGCCAGGAGCAAUCAACCUUUUAUCCGCUACGAUGGACAGCAACGCGUAGUCGAAAGUGGCCAAAAGUGGGCACACGGCUUCCACCUGGCUUAUUUGGCGGAUGAAAGUCGAGUAGAGCCGGACACCUUUCCUUAUAAGAUGGUUGAGAUCCCGCACGGAAAAGCUUUCAACAACACUCUGAGUAACAAGCGCUGUGCCAAUUUCGACAAGUCCUACGCCAAAGCCCUCCGACAAGCGACUGGAAGAAAGCUCAUGAGGGGAAUCAGACGACGACUAAACAAGAACCUUCGAGGGGCCAAUCUGUCUACCAAAGAAGCCCAUUUACUUAUGGAAUUGUGCCCCAUGGAAACAGCGGCAAAUUUUGGAAAAACAGGUGCCUUGUCGCCAUUCUGCUCCCUCUUUAGGAGGAAGGACUGGAAGGCAUUUGAUCAUUACUCCACCGUCGUCAAGUGGUUUGCCAGCGGUGAUGGUAAUCCGCUGGGACCGACAUUGGGGGUGGGCUGGGUAAACGAGCUCAUUGCCAGGCUGCUGCAAAGGCCCGUGGAGGAUCACACCAGCACCAACAGCACGCUGGCCACCAACCCCGCGACGUUCCCGUUGACGAGCAAGCUCUACGCCGACUUCACCCACGUGAACGACCUGUUGGGGAUCUACUCUGCGCUUGGGUUGUUCAAGACAAAGACGACGCUCUCCAAUACGAAAAUGACUACAAUCCCCAUAAACAGAAUCGCGGCCGUGCAGAAACUUACGGGAUAUUCGGCCAGCCGGGUGGCGUCCCUGGGGGCCCGUAUGUACGUUGAAAAGAUGACCUGUGAGGGCGAGCAGGGGGAGUUGGUUAGGAUCUUGAUCAACGAUAGGGUGAUGCGGUUGCCCAACUGCGGCGCUGACAAGGAGGGGCGAUGCAAGCUCGCCCUCCUGCCUGAAAUAGUGUGCAUGGAGCGCAAUGAGGGUGGUGUGGAGACUCUCACAUUUUCUGCCUGUUGUGACUCAUGA